AUGCAGUGGGCGCUCAGGCGGCUGCCGAAGGUGGCAGAGGGGCAGGUCCUGGUGCUAGAUGGCCGAGGCCAUCUCCUGGGCCGCCUGGCGGCCAUCGUGGCCCAGCAGGUACUGCUGGGCCGCAAGGUGGUGGUUGUGCGCUGUGAGGGCAUCAACAUUUCUGGCAAUUUCUACCGAAACAAGUUGAAGUACCUGGCCUUCCUCCGAAAACGCAUGAACACCAACCCGUCCCGCGGCCCUUACCACUUCCGAGCCCCCAGCCGCAUCUUCUGGAGGACGGCGCGAGGCCUGCUGCCCCACAAGACCAAGCGAGGCCAGGCCGCCUUGGACCGCCUCAAGGUGUUUGACGGGAUCCCACCGCCCUAUGACAAGAAAAAGCGAUGAAUGGUGGCUCCUGCCGCCCUCAAGGUCGUGCUUCUGAAGCCUUCCCGGAAGUUUGCCUACCUUGGGCGCCUGGCUCAUGAGGUUGGCUGGAAGUACCAGGCCGUCACAGCCACUCUGGAGGAGGAGAGGAAGGAGAAGGCCAAGAUCCAUGACAGCAAGAAAAAGCAGCUCAUGAGGCUACGGAAACAGGCCGAAAAGAACGUGGAGAAGAAAAUUGACACAUGCACAGAGGUCCUCAAGACCCAUGGACUCCUGGUCUGAGCCCAAUAAAAUUGACUGUUACUCCUCAUGGUUGGCCUGGCCUGCCCUUCCCCCAUCGCCGCCCUAGGAUGUGGGGAACCCCAGGGGCUCUUCCGGGGCCACAGGCACCUUACCUUGGGCCUUAGAAGGCUGGGGACACAGAAGGGGCCUUAGUCACUGCGAUUUAAAGAAAGGCCUUUUAAAAGUUUUACAUGGCCCUGUCAGUUGGGCAUACUUUGCCUGUGACCUACUCAGAGUUUUAGGAAAUCAGCAGCUGGAACAGCUAGUUCCCUUUCAGCGUUUAUAAGCUGGAAAACUCUUUAAACUUCCCACAUGAUACUAGACUGUAGCUGUUAGGAUGUAGCAAAUGCUUGGGGGCAGGAUGGACCUGGUAUUGUACAGAGGGAUUUACAGAUGCACAGACAGGAUGGCAGCCACAGCGUCUCCGGCAUCGCACUUGCACGUUCCUGUACCUUGUGAUCAGAAAAUGAAUAAAUUAUUUUUAAAGAAAAAAAAAAAGAA